CGGCGGGUGGCGUACCUUAGUUAAGCUGGCGUUUCUCAGAUUAUAACUUCUUCUAAUCUGGAAUCGGCAAUUAAUUUAUUCUCCUCUCGUGUCUUCUCACGGCAGUGGUGGUGCCGGCAGUGAGGGGGACACCGAGGGAAGCAGCGAAGGACGGGGGAGGCGGGGCCAGAGUGAAUGAUUGCUCCUGUCACUAGCUGCUUCCUGCGAGGCCACCCGACACAGCCAAACCCAUCAGCCUUGCUGAUUGGUCAACUUCGCGGAGGCGAAGGCGGGGCUUUUGUACCAUAUUUGGUGUAAAGGGGCAGGCGGCCAAGUCAAUAGGCUGCUCGGGCUCAGCCGAGGGCUGUCUGACGAAACAAACCAACACCGAGCGGCAGACAGAUGUGUGGUUAGUCUGUCUAGCAUCGGCCCAGCGUUCGUACCCAAGUACCCAGUCCUAGUCUUCGAAGCCACCGCUUUCCAAAGACUUAUUUUUGGGGAGAAACAGUUGUAAGACUCAACCACCAUUCAACCGGAACUGGGUUGACCAUCACUCGCAUCUCGACGUUCAAACUCCGGAGUCCGUUAGACCGAGCAGACGACGGUUUGUUUUCCUCUGCCACGCGCGCUCGCGUGUGCUUGCAGCCUCCGCAGUCCAUGAUGGAGCUCAAGGCUACUCCAUAAAUCACAGGCCGGCGCUUACGACUGUUGCAGCAACACUUCAGCUUGAUCCGACCGCGCCGCUUACGCCAACAAUCCACAAAUAAACAUCGAGACAAACAUCUGCCGAGGUGAGAGAAGACGAAUCGUCGCUGGACACGUUGUGGGUGCUGGACCAUUGUGUUUGGCAGACCAGGGAUCGCCACUUACAGUUGCUGUGUUUAUGCCGACUUGACUCGUAUACACACACAAUCUGCCAGUGGUUUUCUCAAAGAGGUGCACAGCAUGCCGCUGUUGUUGAUGUCUGUUAAACAACAGGUCUAGUAAAUCCACCUCUCGCCGGCACCCUCUAGUCCCAGUGACGAGACACGUGACAUAAAUGCUGGUGGACAUGCAAGCGGGGGGCCUGCAGUCGCCCUAUGGACCAGGCCCUGGGGUCGGGGGCAUCUCGCAGGGCCCCGGAGCCGGGUUGGGCGGCUCGCUCACUAUGAUGCCUUCUUUCUUCAGCGAACACCAAAAUUACUACCGACCACACCCGGGUAGCUACACGGGUAUGGCGGUGGGUGGAAUGGGUAUGUACGGGGCGGACCAGUAUUCGGCUAUGGCCAGGACUUCGCCAUACAGCCCGUACGCCCACCAUCAUCACCACCCUCCAAAGGACAUGGUCAAGCCACCCUACUCCUACAUCGCACUCAUCGCCAUGGCCAUCCAGAGCGCCCCAGAUAAGAAGAUCACCCUCAACGGCAUCUACCAGUUCAUCAUGGAGCGCUUUCCCUUCUACCGCGAGAACAAACAAGGUUGGCAAAACUCCAUACGGCACAACCUCCUGAACGAAUGCUUCGUGAAAAUCCCUCGAGAUGACAAGAAGCCAGGGAAGGGCAGUUAUUGGACACUAGAUCCCGACAGCUAUAACAUGUUCGACAACGGCAGCUACUUGCGCCGACGCCGUCGCUUCAAGAAAAGUCACGUGCUGAAGGAGAAGGAGGAACGCGAGAAGCAAAUGGCCGAGUUCGAGAAAGAAUGCAGAAAGGAGGGAACGGGAGGAGAAGGGGUGUCAUCCGCCAGUCAUCACCACCAUCAUCACCAGCACCACCACCACCACGAACUGCAAAACGGAGGCGAGUCGCAGAACUCGGUGACGUCGGAAGCCACCACGUCAGAGCACAGCCCCAAGCAUGGCGGGGUUAGUCACGAGAUGGAGCGCAAGCCGCAGAUCUCCACCUCUUCGCCAGGUUCCAGCGGGGUGGCCAGCACCAAGCCUGAGCCCGUGGACUCGCCCAAAAGUGACUGUAUGUCGGGUGUUGGGGUCGGACUUCCGGGUGGCGGGAGCCUUGGUGGGAUGGUGCUUGGUCUAGGUGGUGGACGUCCUGGCGGGUCAUCGGGGGCCAACACUUUGCCCAUCCCUCCUGAUCCUCUCACCCCUCUUGAGAGCUCGGUGUCAUCGUUUAGCGUGGAGAACUUCCUGCCCUCGGCGCCUCACCUCUCCAGCGUAGGGUCUGCGGACCUGGUGACGUCACGCCCGCCUCCCUUGGUCUCCCCGCAAGUCCUGCCGUACCCCAGGACAUCUGCCUCGGACCUAUACCGUUCCGGAGGCAACCAGGGUAGCGGCGUGUCCACUACCCCGCCCUACAGCUACCACUGCCACAAUUCUCAAGCCGUCUUUCCUUCCGGCGGCGGCAGCGGAAACACCAACGGCUCCCAGCACCACCAGCAACACAUGUCCAUGUCCCAGGCUUGCGCCGACGAUGCCGGGGGAGGCAGCUCCCCUCACACCCCUCUCUCCCACGCCCAUGCGCACUCGCACGCUUCACCUCUGGGUCCUCAGACCAACGGACUCAGUCCCACCAGCGUCUUCUCGGCCUCCCAGGCUGGUCCUUACUCUCGGGCUAACGGCUGGUACAUGAGCCCCACCCCAGACAUCAACCAUGGAGCCGACUUCUCCGUGUCAUCCUCCCCAUUCGCCAUGUUCGAUUCCCAGCGUCUGCUCUCCCAGGGACAAAGCCAGGCAACGGCCAGCUGCCAACUGGCGGCGUUCCGGUCGCCAUACAAGGCUGGGUCCUAUGCAUACGACUGCUCCAAGUAUUAGCCGGGUGUUGUGGCCACCCCACCUCGGUCGUCUCCAGUUUCAUCAUUCUAAAGAGGCUGACUAAAUAUUCAGGGGGAUCUCGGAAGGUCCUCCUGUUGUCCCCUAAGAAGGAUACCUAUCUACCUACUAAACAGACUAUAAUGUGUAGGAAAGAUUAGGUCACCGGAUGUCAAUAAUAUUGAUAACUGAAAAGUCAAUUGAAUGAACAGGAGUUAUUUUAAAUGAUUAAUCCCCAUUAACAGAAUUAAUUGAGCAUUUAAAAGAUAAUACUAGCGCGUCUAGGUUCGAAGCUGUGCGACACGCCACUAGUAUUUUCAUAUAUAGAUGUUUGCUGUAUCGCAAAGUUAGUCUUUAUUCUACAUUAAUUUAAAAGAGUAUCCCCCUCCCCAAUCAAAAGGUAGCUAAUGCCAGUCAUGAUGACCAGAACUAUAAAAAAAGUUGGUAAAUAUACAUUUUCGUUCGAAUGAUGAGCGUGGAAAUUGAUGUUUCUUGAAACGUUUAAUUUCUAAUUAUGCUUUUGUGUAAACAAGAAAGUUUAAUUUUUUCUGUCUUAGAUACAAAGAAGUUUUAUCUGUUCCUUAAACACUGACACUGGAAACUAGCACUGCGUGUUGUGUGAGUGUUGUGCAAAAUGUUUUUGUCUUCACUUCAAAGCAGCGUGUUUGUCUUUCCUUCAAACUCCUUCGUUGGAAGGAGGGAGGGCGCAGACAUAUAUAGCCAGUCCCUAUAAAACAUCGGCAACCGAUCUUGUUCUAAAUAACUCGACCUCGCAAAUGAAAUGAUCAAAAGCGAAACGAUUUCAUUUAUAAAUCAUAGACAAUUAUUAAUGAACCAAAGGUUUAUGUGCAUUCCACGAAGUGCACAGUAAAUCACAACAACUAGUGUAGCACAAGUGUGAUGUAGGAAGUUGAGACAAUGCUGCAGACUUUUGGUGACAAGACGACAGGACGAGGCCCUCGCCAAAGAUGAUUUCUUUUGUCCUCGAGAUGCCGCCGAUGACGGGUGCCAAAGGUCGAGACUGUGUUUGGUGCCAGGGAGUUCUGUGACGGAUAGCGGCGAACUGUCAGCAACUCGAAGGCAGCCUAGUCAAAGCCAGACAAAGGUAGGACAUUACCUUUCGCUAUGACAACUUUCCUCCCUGCUUGUAGAGACAAACUGACAAGUGGUUGGUGCCCAGCUUGCAUCGCUGUGUGCGACACUAGCGCGUUUGUAUGUGUGCCUAGCUGUCUACAUUCAGACCAGACGAGCUUAUGACUGGGUUGUACUCUCGUUCGAAGUGAGAGGAGUAAACAAGACGAUGGUCAGAAUAACUGGAUGCCUGCUAACUCAAUGCGCGGGCAUUGUCGGUUAGGUGUGGGAGGUGACCAGUGGUGGUGGCACCGGACAGUCGAGAUAACUUUCUCUGUUGUGUUUGUGCCGGCUGUAAGCUCGUCUUUUUGAAUGUAUUUCCCAUCAGCCCACUGACAUUGUUAUCCACUACAAUACCAUUUUCUUCAGCUUACUGACAUUGUUGUUCCCCACAAACUUGGUUUCGCUCUAAUAAUUUCUUACAAAACCAGUUACAGAUAAUAAUACUCUUACAUAUGUGUGUUUCUCAGUGUGUGUGCACGCGCGUGUGAGCGGAGAAGGAAGUAUAUGAUAUGUAUGUCUGAGUGUUCACUUGUGUGCAUCUGUGUAUAUAUAUAUACAGUAUAUACGUGUGUACGUGUGGCUAAUUUCUGAGCUGUACUUUUAAUCAAGAUAAUGAAUUCAUUUACGAGAAAAAAAAAAGAAAUGUCAUGUGACCUGUUGUGGAGUCAUUUCUGAAUCAAAAUGUGUUUAGGUGAAUUUUUUUUCUGUAGAGAAAAGAUUGGCUACAAUUUUAGAGAGGAGAUUUUACUAUUGAUGGGAUCUGUGCAAAGUCAAUGUUGUGGUAAUCUUGCGGUUAUCUCUUACUGAUGUGCGAAAUCUUUUGUUACCGUUCUGUCGCCGACAAUAUUCACUAAGUUUAUUUUGCUCCUGCUUUCCCGCUGUUGAUGAGUCACUCCACCUUGCACCUUGAUGGUGGGAAGUCUCCACCUCUUGUUUUGAGUGACGAACCGACACAGACACUAGACACUAGACACCAUGCAUCCAACAUCAGUUCUUGUUUCAACUCUCUCCUGACUGAAUCCGGUCUUUUUUCAAGAAUAAAAAUGAGAAAAGAA